AUGAACCUAUGCACCGCAAUGUCGGCGCCCGCUAUCCCGAAGUGUGUCCAGAGGUUCACUCAAGAGCUCAAAGACUCCCGCAAUCAGGUCCUCAAGAGCUACGAGACUCGUGGCUAUUGCUGUGCUUUCAAUGACCUGAAGGACUGUAUCGUUGAACACGUGGGCGACAAAUGCGGUCACACGAAGACCAUCAGACAAUUGGUGGCGCCGUUUGUCGAGACACUCAAAGACAUAUCCACGCCGUCCGGUGAUUGCGAUGACUUCGACGGCUUCAGAGGCACUGUGUUGUGUCAGCCGGAUUGGCUGUUGAUUGUGGAGGCGAUCGGUGUUGUGAUACUACUCCUGAUGUCGGUGUCGGCGGUGAUCCGGUGCUGCUGUUGUGGAUCAAGAGGUGGUGUCCGACCCUAUCCGAUGCAGUCGUUUGUCAACCCGAUUGCUGCCAUCAUAAUCACCACACCUGCGGUGGUCACUGGGCUGGACCUGUUGGAUGUGAUUACACCCCUGUGCGCCGCGAUGUCUAUGAAUGGUAUAUUUAACUACUUGGUCACCACAAAAAUCCUCACUACUCUUACCAUGAGGUGCGCACCACUUAUCGUAGCGAUGAUCACCGCCACACCACUUAUGGUCUAUGGCUCUGAUGUGUCGGCACCUGUCGCCUACGCCGAGUGCGUCGACCGCUUCCGGAUGUGCGCCCAGGCGUUCACUCAAGAGCUCACAGACUCCAAGAGUCAGGUCCCGGAGCCAAACGACACUCGUGGCUACUGUUGCGCACUCACGCGCCUCAGGGACUGCGUGGUUGAGCACGUGGGCGACAAAUGCGGCGUAAACUACAUGAAUGGGUUGGUUGUAGGCGCCCGACCGGCCAAGAGUAUGUUUUACACGGCGUUCAAAGACAUAUCCACGCCGUCUGAUGUUUGCCACGACUUCCGGGGCUUUCGACGCGCUGUGUCGUGUCAGCCGGAUUGGCUGUUGAUUGUGGAGGCGAUUGUUGUGGUUAUACUGUUCCUGAUGUCGGUGUCGCCGGUGAUCUGGUGCUGUUAUCGUAGAUUACGUGGUGGUGACCCACCCUAUCGGAUGCUGUUUAAUAUAUUUGCCCACUGA